UGGCUGCUCUGGCUUGUCGAAGGGUUGAACCCUAAAUCCUUCUUUGUUCCUGAAAGAAGCUCGCAGAAGAGGCCAGGUUUCUUCUCUCGUCCUUUGCAAAGAAGAAAGUCAGAGCGUAACCAUGAGGCCGAUUUUGAUGAAGGGCCACGAGAGGCCAUUGACGUUUCUCAAGUACAACAGGGAUGGCGAUCUUCUUUUCUCUUGUGCUAAGGAUCACAACCCGACUGUCUGGUUCGCCGACAACGGUGAACGCUUGGGCACUUAUCGUGGACACAACGGCGCUGUUUGGUGCUGCGAUGUCUCAAGAGAUUCUAUGCGGCUUUUAACGGGUAGCGCGGAUCAGACGGCGAAGCUGUGGAAUGUUCAAACUGGGCAGCAAUUGUUCACAUUCAAUUUUGAUUCUCCUGCUCGGUCUGUGGAUUUUGCUGUGGGCGACAAACUUGCUGUUAUGACAACUGAUCCCUUCAUGGAAUUGCCUUCUGCAAUUCAUGUCAAACGCAUUGCUGGAGACAUUAGUGAACAGACUGGCGAAUCCAUACUUGUCAUUAAGGGCCCUCAGGGAAGAAUUAAUAGAGCCAUUUGGGGACCCCUAAACAAAACCAUUAUUAGUGCUGGAGAAGAUGCUGUGAUCCGUAUAUGGGAUUCUGAGACAGGAAAGCUACUAAAGGAGGUGGACAAGGAAAUUGGCCACAAAAAGACGAUAACAUCACUUGCAAAAUCUGCAGAUGGUUCCCAUUUCCUGACUGGCUCCCUAGAUAAAUCGGCUAAGCUUUGGGAUACCAGAUCAUUGUCUCUUAUCAAGACAUAUGUAACAGAACGCCCAGUCAAUGCAGUGGCUAUGUCACCUCUUCUUGAUCAUGUGGUGCUUGGAGGUGGUCAAGACGCAUCAGCUGUUACUACUACUGAUCAUCGUGCUGGAAAAUUUGAGGCCAAGUUUUUUGAUAAGAUUCUUCAAGAAGAAAUUGGGGGUGUCAAAGGACAUUUUGGACCAAUUAAUGCACUUGCCUUUAACCCUGAUGGAAAGAGCUUUUCAAGUGGAGGUGAAGAUGGUUAUGUAAGGUUGCAUCACUUUGACCCAGAUUACUUCAAUAUUAAAAUAUAGGUCUGGAGUAUUUUUUUGUAUUAGAGAUGGAAUCAUAGAGGGAUAUAACUUAGUUUCUCGCAUUUUAUAUUUUGGUAAUCUCCAACAUGAUUAUAAAAGUUACUAUAAUUUCUCGCA